AUGAGUUGCGUCGCCGAACUCAUGCCGGAGAAUUGUGGUCUUUCCUACCUUUUCAGGUUUCUUUCUUUCAUUGGACUGUGUCUGUGCAUUGCGCUAAUGUUUAUCUCUAGCUGGUACUACACAAUCGUCGCUUGGGUAAUUGCUGGAGCAAUCUACAAAUAUAUCGAAUACCGUGGUGCUUCGAAGGAAUGGGGAGAUGCUACCAGAGGAUUACAGAUGUCCACCGCCAUGCGCGCCAUUCUCAAACUAGGAGUGAAACCGGUUCAUGCCAAAAACUGGAGACCGCAGAUUCUUGUCUACUUGACAUUGGAUCAAAAUUUGCAGGUUCGCCACGAUCGGCUGUUGGAUCUGGUCUACCAGCUGAAGGCUGGACAUGGCCUCACACUUGUCGUCUCCAUUUUGGAGGGCGAUGUGAUGGAGCGUAAAGAAGAUGCGUUGCAGGCUAAAGCAUACCUGAGUGAGGUGAUUCAGAAAUACCGCAUCAGAGGCCUGCCUGAGGUGUUGGUCGCGGAGAAUAUCGGCGAGGGGAUGAAAAACAUGGCUCAGUGUGCUGGUCUCGGAAAUUUACGCCACAACACCCUGAUGUUAUCUUUUCCCGAAGAUUGGCGGAUGGAUCGUCAGCACGGAGGCAAGAAGAUGUCACAGUUCAUUUCGACCGUCAGAGCUGCCCAGGCAUGCGGACUGGCCAUGUUAGUGCCCAAGGGAAUUGACACAUUUCCGAAGAGCCGAAGCGAACGAAUGGCUGGCAGCGUGGAUGUUUGGUGUAUUGUUCACGAUGGUGGUCUCCUGCUGCUUACUUCCUAUCUGCUCAUGCGCAAUUGUGCCUGGCGCAAAUGUGAUCUGCGUAUUUUCGUCGUUGCUAGCGAGGGAGAUGAUACAGUUAAUCUGAAGAAGGAUAUGACUAAGUUCAUGUAUGACCUGCGUAUCAACGCCUCGGUGGAAGUGGUCGCAAUGAGCACGGCGGACAUAUCAGCCUACGUUGCCCAACGCACAGCUACCAUGGAACAGCGGAAAAUGAUGUUGAUACAGAUGAAGCUAUCGAACAACGAGGCCCGACGUGAUCCCCAGCACAUUGUUGAUCAACACCGCAAGUCGAUUAGCAGCAGUGACUUUCACGACGUCCGUUCAAAUGUGAACACUAAGAAGAGCAGUAUUCCCAACACCGCAACGCGAAGUACAGUCAUUCCGAUCGUGUUGAAUGACUCAGAGUCUGCACAAUGGGACAGGGAAUGGAAUGGAUUAUCCGCGACUUACUCUGAUUGCGAUUUCCGGCUUUUCCCUUGCAGCUCCAAAACCAUCCGUCAUCUUCAUUGUUCCUCCCGACUAAACGAACUGUUGCGAACACACUCCAGUGAAGCUGAUUUGGUCAUCGUGAACAUGCCAAAUCCGUCUCGAAGUCCCGAAAGUGACUAUUACUACAUGGAUUACGUUGAGUUAUUAACUGAAGGUCUCCCACGAGUGUUGCUUGUAAGAGGCACUGGGUGUGAAGUAAUCACCGCAUUUUCCGAAUGAAGCCAAGUAGGGUGUGUUGGUUUGAGUUUCUGCCGAAGCCCUAUGCACACAGAAGCCACACAUGGAGAAACAUGUUUUUGAGUGCUAGUUAAUACGUCUUUUGACUGUACUGUUUUCCUUAUUUGUGCAGAGCCAUUUCCAAUGAGAAUUGUGUUACCACGACAUCAGGUUCGCUCAUCUACUUGUGAAUGGUUGUCUUCGUGACAGCGGUGGGAUUGCUCACGUUGUAUCACAUUGUUCGUGAAGUCUCUGUGCCGAGCAAGUCUAUUCCGGUUUGCCUAAUGUUUUGCUCUUCCCACUCCACUACGUAAAGCCGGCUACACGGAUACCGUCUUACUGUCAUACAGCCAAACCCUUCUCACUUCUUCAUUCUUGUGUUUCAACAACGGGCAGUCGCGGCGAAAUCCUAUCUUCUCAAAAUUCUUCUGCAUUACCCGUCUGUACUUUAACAUGUCUGAGCCGGUUGUUCUUUUAUACCUUUGGUUGGAUCACAUGCUUGAGUACCCUCAUGAAUGUACUCUGAUGGACACUGCGCUUUCUGCCUGUAACAUGUCGCCGCCAGCCUCUAAUCUUCCACCGAGAACUCCCCUACCAAAAUUAGUGUGAUCGCUUUCCAGUGCUUGCCACACCGUAUUCCCGCCAGCGACGAUCUCCUCAGCUGGUCAGGUUUGGGUGUACACACCGUCUUCUCGAAUUCUGGUGGAUAUCAACUCGUCCCACCUUGCUCGUUCACAUUCCCCCAAUGAUCAUUGCUCGAUCAGCUCACGUAUACGUGUUUGGAUAUUCCUAGUCCAAUUGCUCAAGUGUUUUAUCCCAUCCCGUUUGCCUACAUCUUGAGCAUCCCGACUUCAUUCUGCACAUUCUCAACAUGCAGCUGAUGAAAGAUCGCCGUGAUGCGCAACCGCAUUUCGGCCCACUUUAAACUUGGAGUCAAUCAAUGGUUUGGUAGAGCACAUUCACCUCUUUUUGAUGCACUGUAAAGGUUGCUCACCAACUUCUACUUUUAGCUAGAAGAGCGUACUGGCCUUUCGAUUUUACCUUCUGCAACCCUCAGUAUCACUUCGAUUUGUAACCCAUUAGGUAACACGUUACCGCCCUCUGCUUGCGCCAAAACAUUGUUCUCUUCAUUUUCGAGAUUAUUCGUCUUGCCUAUCCCCUUUUUUCUAUCGAUUCAGCUUUGGAGCAUCACUUUAGCAGAAGUACAAUGAUGUUUUCGCA